GGUACUGCUUCACUAACAGUGAAAAUGCCAAUGAUCAAACUAGAUGUUUAUAUAUAGAAGCAUAGCUUAUUUCAUGCCCUAGAGACCAUGACAGUGGAAGACAAGUCUGAGGGCUCGUCAGAAGGUGGCUCAAGUGGCCGUAGCAGUAGCAGCGCCACCACAUCCUCCUCGUCAAGGCACCGAAGAAGUAGCUUCAGUUAUCGCAACAGUUACUCCAGCGAUGCCAUCUCGUGGCUGGCACUCACAGGAGUGCCAAAUGUCCGCUCCAAAGUUGGGCUCUACAUCCGUGAUGGUUCCAGACUCAGGAGUGAUUUCCAGGCUCUCUAUAGAAUCGCUGAUGGCAAAAAGAGGGUUCGGGAUCGAAGAAAGUUGCUUCGUAAAUUUGAAGUGAUGAAGCACAUGCGCGACAGAAGAAAAAAGGUGCAGGGCGACGUGAAGAACGAGGCGCUGGCAGGGGGGUGUGCGACAGGCCCGCCCUCAGCUGUCCCUGCGACGCCUCGUGUCGAGGUCGACGCCAACCCUUCCUCCUUCGCCACCUACGCCAGCGUCAGGUCGUUAGUGCUGCGUGACGCCGCACGUCAGGCUCAGGUCAUCUACCAGUCCACCAGCCAGGCCCCGCCCUCUGACUCUGACAGCGAGGACGACAGCGUCCAGGCGUCCAUGAUCAACGUCCUGCCGCUGCCUAAGAUGGUCGGCGUAGGCCUGGUGAGUGUCUACGAGUUGAUACAAGGCUCGGUGUCAGCGUACCCAGCGCUGUGCAUCAGGGCGCUCGAGGCGCUGCUGGACAUCUUGCAGGGCCAGCAGCCUGAGGCUCUCAGGAACGAGCCCGCGCAUGUCAUUGACGCGCUGUUCCAACUUCUGCUGCGGUUGUGCACCUCAAGCGGAGGGGGCGGGGGCGGGGACCUUCUGAGCUGGCCCUCAGCCUCCCCCCUCACAGGGGUCGCGUGUGCCUGCCUGCUGGCGCUCGUGGUCGCCAGGGGAGACUCUGCCAUGUACCUCCGGGCCGUUACAGACAUCCUCAUCACGUCCAGACACCUGGCCGUACAGACCAUACAGGUGCCUCUGAUUUUGACGUACCUGCAACGUAGCGUGCACGCGCUGCUGCUGGGCAAGCUCACGAGGCCUGACUGGAUCACAGUGGGCAUCCCUCACAAGGCCUGCAUCGACACCUUCCCUGUCAGGAUGAUGACCGAGGGCGGGAUGAGCGAUGUCGGCUCGACAGCGAUGACGUGUGACGGCCACUACCUGUACGUGCACAGCGCGCACGGCAUGUUCAAGAUCGGCUCAGGGUUCGGCGGGACCAGGAAAGGCCACGUCUACAUGCACAGGCCCGACUGCUUCCCCAGACAAACCGGGUGGCUUGGCUUCGCUAACGGCGACGUGUACUACCGGCCAGAAGGCAGCGGGCGCGAGCUCAUGACACUGGACCGCGAGUCCCUGAAGAUCUCAGAGGUGCACCAGACCAGCGGCUUUGGGUGGUCCAGGGGCGCCCCCUUCAGUGAUGGCCAGUACAUCGGCUACAUCCUCCCCGACAGAGAGGACGGGUUCGUGGUUCGCUCCUACAACCCCGUGGUGAAGCCCAUCCCCCUGGUGAACGAACUCAGCCUCGGCCUUGCCGUGAGAUGUGUUCAGGUUUUCGGUAACAACGAAGCGCCCCGCGAGCUGGGAUCGGGCGUGGACGACGAGGUCGUGUGCGUGGCGGCUGGCAAGGACUUCACUAUCCUGUGCACCUCCUCCGGCAGGCUGCAUUACAGCGGCAAGGCGUCAGCUGUGGGCCUGAAGAAUACCAGCAACGUGAUGACCAACAACGGCGGUGUUGCCGCUGCUGCUGCGGCUGUCGUCAACAACGUUGUUCCUACGCUCUUGUCUGCCAAUGCUGCAGCUGCCUCAGCAGCUCCCAAUGAUAAGGAAGCUCUGCAAAAUAAUUCUGCUCAAGCUGCAACUGCAAAUACCGCCUCGUCAAAAACGUGUCGGUGGCCGGAGCUGGUGGUGUGCAAGCGGCCGACGAUCGUGACGGUAUGCGUGGGGCACGAGGGCCACCACGCCUUGCUGCUGUCCGACGACGGCGGGGCAUACUUCGUGGGCACCGCCAGGCGCGGCGAGGACGCCGACCCUGGGAAGUUCCGACGCCAGCCUAAAGCUGUGAAGCCAAAGCGCAUGAGCAAGAUGGAGGACCAGCACGUGGUGGCGGCGGCCUGCAACCACGCCACCAGCGCCCUCGUCACCAAGCGCGGCCAGCUCUUCUUGUUUGGCAAGGAUACCGCGCACGCUGACCCUGCUACUGGUUUAGUGAGUGACCUGAAGGAGGCGCACAUCGAGAGUGUGAGUCUGGGCAAGGCACAUGCCGUGGCCGUGACCAACAAGGGCCUCGUCUACACCUUCGGUAUCAACAACAAGGGCCAGUGUGGCCGCGACUUCAAUUCCGCACUUAAUGGAAAAGAUCUCGCACCUGUGUAUCUGAGCAACGAAGUAUCCACUGACGAUGACAAGGACGACAAGAAGAAUUGCUCUGAGAACAGCCCCUCUCUUCCUCCCAAGCUAAGAAUAAAGACAAAAGCUAGAAUCAAAAUCUACCAGCGUUCCCAUCUGCCUGACCGGCACGGGGCGUCUGCUGUAGCGGCUGCUGGAGACGAAGACGGGGACGACGAAGAAUGUGGCGGCGACAGCGACGAUGGCGGGGAUCCCGCCGCUGCUGCUGCGGUAGCUGGUGGUGGUGCUGGCGCCGCUAUGCCGCCUAAUGGCGGGGUUGGCGGUAUCGGUGGUUUUGGGCUUUGUUUCCGAGGCCGGCAUCGGUUUUACCGCGACCAUUGCAUGAUCUGCUACUUCUGCCAUGACUGCACGGGAUAUGGCGCCUCCUGUGUCUCCAGCAACCGCCCCAACAGAGUGCCUGGACAAGCCUGCGGCUGCGGUUCAGGAGACUCUGGAUGCUCGGAGUGCGGAUGUUGCCGCACUUGUGCCGAGGACUCGCUGGACGAGCGCGAGCUGGGAGUGCCUGGCGUCAUGAAUAUCGGCGUCUUUAAGAUGAAUAACGGCGAGCAUGACAGAGACGAGGAUGACGAAGGCGGCGGGGUGUUAGGAGGACGUGGCGGUCUUGAGAGAGGCAGGCUGCAGAAGGAGUUGAUGCGACGUUUGGAAGUCAUCAGGCAUCACAACAAACGAGACCACGAACACAGACAACUCCGACAGCCUCUCAUGCCACCGCUGCCUGUGCAGGCUAAGAAACCUGCUGCAGAGGAGGACCGCGCCCUUGCGGGCACGGGGUCCUCCCCCCCAGCAGCGGGUGGCGGGGGCGGUGAGCGGGAUGGCGGCGGGAAGAUGUGCUCGUUACCGCCCGCUCAGCUGCUCAUGCCCACCGCGUCGCCUGUGGUGCAGGUCGCCUGUGGCCAGCACCACACAGUGGCGCUGUGCAGUAACGGCGAGGUGUACAGCUGGGGCAGCAACAGCCACGGCCAGCUGGGCACCGGCGACCUCAUCCCGCAGCCCUGCCCGCAGCUGGUGCGUCUGCCGCCCUCGGUGAGGGUGAGCAGAGUGGCUGCAGGCAGCAACCACACCGUCCUGCUCACCACCACAGGGCAGAUCUACACGUGCGGCAGUCAUCAGAAAGGGCAGCUGGGGCGUACGCCGCUCUCCAUGGAGUCCGGAGAAGGCAGCCGCAACGGGACCCGGGCCCCGUGGUGGUGUUUGCCGGGCCUCGUGCCUGGAGUUGGGCCCAGACUGGGCCGUAAGGCGACCUGGGUCGGGGCCUCGGCCGACACUACCUUCAUCAAACUGGACCAGUCGCUCAUCAAUGCUCAUAACCUCCCCGGCACCGCAGUCGUCGCCAAUUCCUCAUAUUUGGUUUUAUUACCGGUCGGUGAACGGAGCAAGUCUGAAAGUACGGGUGUGGUUGGCGGUUACUCCUCUUCAUCAUCGUCAUCUCCGUCGCACUCAGUGACGUCAACUCGUCAUCGAUGCUCGAGCUUCACAGCUGCGCGGUACCGAACCACCGAAUCAGGUGCAGUGGAGGAACGCAGUAGCAGCUUCAGUGGUUCAUUGGGAUCCUCGAGACAUGCCUUCUCGGACCUCAGCGUUCCUCCUCAAAAGUCCUCAUCUACAGACGUCGUGCCCAUGUCUCAAAGGCUAUGCGGAAACGCCGGUGUCGUGAACACUUUUGGUAGUGGAGGCAAUAUCGCAGUUGGCGCGAGUAUCGCAAGUUUAGGAAAGUGCGUAAAUACCGCUGUAGGAAACCUAGGCUUUGGCGGGAGUAUAGUCGGUAUCGGGAGCAGCGGUAGCUUGUGCCGCGCCGCUGAAGGAGGCACCAGCAGUAGUAACAGCAGCGUCGUUGCGGUUGCUGGUAGCGGUUGUGAUAGCAACAGCAGUAUUGGUAGUGGUGGUGGCGGUGGUUGUGCAAUAGGUGUUACGACUGACGUUGGAAGUGAAAGCGGGGGUGGAAGUGGCGGUGGAGCAUCUAAGAUCACCACCGAGGACGAGGGCUGGAGGGUGUUGGUCAUCAACAGAUCUGACGGACAAUGUCGAAGCUUCAACAGUCCUGACCAGAUACUGUGUCGCGGUCAUGCUGUCUGUCUGGACCCCAUCUACAAUGUUUUAUGGAGUUACAAUCCAGAGCGGCAGCAAGUGAACUGCUAUAAUUUAAUCGCCUCCGAGGCUGUGCGUAUGGACACAAGUGUUUGUCCGCCCCCCACGCGGGGGACUGGCUAUUAUAAGCUCCCCCAACCUCCCACCGUAACUUCACGUCCUUCCUCGGCUGGAGACGACGGUGGACUGAGGGAUGUAUUGUCUCCAGAGCUCUCACUCCCCGUCCUGCCUGAAGUGCAAGUCUCCAGAGCACAGAUUGCCCUGCACCUUCUGUCGUGCCUGGACACGCUGACGUGGGGGUACCAGCAGGGCCUCAGCGUGUGUGAGGAAGACCACACGACCACCGCCAGCACCGGCGUCUACACCAAGGACGACUUCACGCCAGUCACGCGUUUCGAGAGCCCAGGAGGAGGCUGGGGCUACUCAGGACAUUCUGUGGAGGCGGUGCGCUUCAUGUGUGAUACCGACGUCCUGCUCGGGGGAUACGGCAUGUUCGGCGGCAGGGGAGAAUAUGUCGGCAAAAUUAAAUUGUACGACAUCGGCUACGAGGGUGGAGAGCAGGAGCAGGAAGGGGAGCUGCUCGCAGAAACUGACGAGAUUCCCUACGAGUGUCCCUCGAGGCAGAAGUUCCCUCUCAUGUUCGAGGAGCCUAUACCAAUACAAGCCCGUCGGUGGUACGUGGCGUGGGCGCGCGUGACGGGCCCCAGCAGCGACUGUGGCUCCUCCGGCCAGUCCCUCAUAACCACCGACGACCAGGUGGUAUUCUACUUCAAGUCCUCGAAAAAGUCCAACAACGGCACGGACGUCAACGCUGGCCAGAUCCCUCAGCUGCUCUACAGGAUCAUCUCUGCCGACGGCGGCGCCCAGACCGCCUCGUCUGCCUGCAGCGAACCUCCCGUGCCUCUGCUCUCCAGGGCCUUCUUCACGGGCGUGUCUAAUGAUGUGUUCCAAUCUCUGCUGGAUUUGCUGGGCUGGGCGUGGAGCACGUUACGAACCUGUGUUAGUGAAGUUGGUUCUGGUGAAGGCGGUGACGACGGCGACACCGGGACGGGAGUGGCAAUGCUGGACUUGCAUCGCCUCGUCUACAUCUGUAGAGCUUGUCUACGUCUACUGCAGCUCUACGUCACGCAGCUCUACCCCAACACGGCUCGUUGUGGUCGGCGCGGCAGUGCGGGGGAGGAGAAGAGUUCGCUGGUGGAGAGCGUUAGUGACGUCAGGGGACUCCUUCGUCAGAUGCUGUCUGAUCCUCUCCCUCCCACCUUCCAGCCUCACCGCCGCACCAAACACAGAUCUCGGGUUACAAGCGAGCGCAACCCUCUGACGCGCUUGACGGUGUCUGUGCUGGACGAGUGUCACCGAACCUUCGUGCUCUGUUUCCACGCCUUCUAUCCUACUGGACACCUCAAGUGGGCCUGUCUCUGCGAUCUCCUCGUGUCCAGAGACUCCUUGCAGUCGAGCGACGACAGCGCUGAGAACGACCGACUACUGAGCGCUGUGCUGGCCGCGCUCGCGUCGCCCACGGUCAAGCUACGCGCCACGCUCCCCAUACUCGGUGAACAGGAGCCUGAUAGCAGCUACACCCGCCCCUCCCCUGCUGAUAACGCCUCACUCUCUUCCCUCCAGCCUGGGGACCUCAAGUAUCCUCUUCUGGUCGAGCACAUGACCUUCAAAACGCAGAUGUCAGGUGGAGGGUUCGGGUGCGUGUGGACGUUCAGGGAGGUGUUAGAGCGGCUGCUGGGGGUGGUGUGUGGGGGAGUGAGAGGCGCUCUGAGGGGUGAUCGCUCCCCUCCUCUGCCGUCCCUCGUACACAACACCUGCCUCCUCAUAGCUGCGGCUGUAGCCGAGCUUGCCGAAGAGACUGCCCACACAGAGGUGGAUGGGUGCUGCAGUGCGGGACGUGUGCUACACGCGACGCCCACGCGCUUCAGUCGCAUCACGCACUGCCGCAGCUGGAGUACCGGCAACGGCUCUCCCGAUGCCUUCUGCUUCUCCGUUGACCGACCUGGCAUCCUGAUAGCCGGCGUGAGUUUGUUCGCGGGCGCUGGCACCUACGACUACGAGCUCGAGCUCAUGGACGAGACCGGCUCCUCGGACCCUGAGUGUGGCGCCCUCGCUGCCAUCGACGGAGGCGGGAACUGCGAGCGCUGGGGCACGCUCGAGGCUGUGCGUGGGAGCUACGGCUCUGACGACAUCGUCAACGAUCUCAUCCCCAUCAAAUUCGACAAGCCUGUGCUCAUCAAGGAGAACGUGAAGUACGCUCUACGCUUGGUGAACCGAGGCGCCCGCACCACGAACGGCGACGGCGGUCACAUAAAUCUUAAGGGGCCCGACGGGACGGUCUUCAACUUCUCUGCCUGCAGCCUCUCCGUGAACGGCACCAGCCACAUACGCGGCCAGAUGCCGCAGAUACUUUAUUAUAGCACGAGCCCCGAGUGCAACACGACGGAGGUGACGCGUGCAGUGGGGGCGCAGCAGGCGAGGGCGGCAGUGCUGUCUGUGGUGGGGAGCGUCGUGCGGGCCGCUGCUGAGCUUUGUAUCAUGGGGCUCGGUGUGGGGGAUGACAUCGCCAUCAGAGUACUCGCCUCUUCCCCCAUCAUCACCAUCCUGCUCCCCCUCCUGCUCUCCCAUGUCGCCCCCGUGGCUCUCUCCGACCCCAGAAGCGCAGUGUCGGUGCUGGGACUGUGCCAGGAGCUGGUGCCUCACGUGGCGGCCCUCAACAACCUGAGCCUGGCCACGCAGCAAGCCUCGGAGCUACAGGAGACGUCGCAGGGCUGUCACAGCACCACCAGCCUCCACUACGCUACUGUUGAGAGCGAACACCCUUACAAACCUGCUACAGUUGUCUGCUACAGAGUGAGCUUCCCAGCGAAUGUGCAGUGGAUGACCAUCGACUUCGACCCUCAGAGCAGCCUAGCUCAGCCAGAAGAUUCUCUAGUUGUUCUGAUACCGAGCUUGUCCAGUGGUAGCGCAGCUACAGCUUCACCUGCUACAGGCAGUGAAGGCUCAGCCACUAGCGCUAAGAAGCCUGGCAAAGACGGGGCCGCUGCGGCACCUAAAAUAGUUUCCGCGGGCAGUAUCGCUAAAAAGGCGCCUGUUUUGAGUGGUGCUGUGGGUGGAGCUGCAGCUGCUUGUUCAUCUAACCCGUCCAGCACCGAGGACGCUGAAGACGCGCCGUUCUGGCCCGUCUUGCCGCGCAUCAGUUCUGUCGAGAAGUUCCCUGAACGCACCGUCAUAAUUCCUGGCAACGAGUUGGUGCUCUCGAUGGAGACUGCAUCGGACUACCUGAAGGAGGGCGGAGGAGCUGGUGCCUGUGGGGCGGCAAACCGCUGGGGCUUUAGCGCUCGCAUCGUAGGCUACGAGUGGCCUCCUGUCUGGCCUCCUACUCCAUCUGAGGCCAUCAGGCACCUCGAAAAAGAGCUCAGCUACCUCGGAGGCCUCUGCGCCGCCUCGCUCAUCAAAAAAGAUCUCAAGUUGCCACCUGUUGGAGGGGAAGAAUUUGAAGACGACAUGGAAGGAGCUGAGGAAGUGGGUCAGAGUGUCCUGCGUGCCCACCCAGCCCUCCUCUCUAAGGGCUUUGCUCUCUCACACCCACCCACCAUACACCACACCCUGGAUGGUGUCAUUCCUUUCAGUUGCCACUCGAACGAGCGUCUGUUCUUGCGAGACCUUGUCUCGUGCAGCGUAGGCACGAGUGGGGGCAGACUUGCUCGUUGGCUGCAGCCUGACUCGUACGUGGACGUGAGGCAGGCAGAAGUUAUCUACUCCAGGGACGAUCUGAGGGCAGGGUGGCCUGCCAUCGUCACCAUCAUAACCAAGGAUCAGUAUUCUGAAGUCGUCUUCGCACCUUCUCUCAAGAUCGAGGUGAUGUCCGUACCGGUGCUGGAGGGCGGCCAGAAGGACAAGCUGCCGCGUCGUCUAAGUCAGAACAUCCCCGACAGCAUGACUUUCGGAGGGCAGCCUCAGCCCUGUCUCGACACGCCUUACUCCAUCACCAUCCGCGAGAAGAUGUGCUAUUGUGCCAUAACUAUGAUGAAGGCCUAUGAGAAAUACUCGUUCGAGGAGCUUCGGUACGUGUCACCCACCCUGCAGCGGCCGACCGAACACAUGAUGGUUCGCUCGAACGGCGACGGCAGCUAUACCUGCAACUGGACCCCUGCCGCCCCUGGCUGCUACAGCCUCCACAUCACCAUUGAUGGCUACGUCCUCGAUAAACCUUAUAAGAUGGAGGUGAAGGAGCCUCCACAGGGCGUGGUGCCGCCCCUACAGAGCGCCCUGAAGAAGGCGUCCCAGGCGCCGUGCAAGGCACGCAAGUUCGUGAUGCCACAGAGCGCAGGGCUCAGGAUCAGGACGCACCCGUCUCUGCAGAGCGAACAGAUUGGCCUUAUCUCCUACAAUGCCACCGUGUCGUUCUCAGACGAGAUCCACAACACGGACGGUAUUUGGCUGCGGCUGACGCCGGAGUGCAUGCAGCAGUUGUGCAGCAGCAGCGCGCUGUCCGGCGGCAGCAACAAGCAGCGACCAGCUGAGGCUUGGGUGCUGCAGUACAACCAGCACCUCGGCAAGACUCUGCUCGUUGCCCACGAAGAUCCCCUUGCCAAUUCCAAGCAGGACAUGUCCGAGGACUCGAUAAUGAGACGACGGGAAGUACUGGGCGGUCCAGCAAAUGCAGAGGACGCGUGUCAAGGGGUGAACUCCUGGCUCCCAGACAACCCGUCCCAGCUGGCAGAGCUGGACGGGCGUGUGGACGUGUACACGGUCGUCAAGUGCGGCCUGUCGGGCCACAAUAUCCGGAGUCAGGCCAGCUUACGGGCGCCGCCUGUAGGUAUGCUCGUGCAGAGCGACUCCAUCACCACCGACUGCAUGAUCAACAACAGCGAGGGGAGUUGGGUUCGACUAGACGCGGAGAGCACCCGCAAAUAUUGUUUUACUGACGGCGAAGCUUGGUCGCUCGCCGAGUCGCGAGGCCACACGCUCUUCCUGCAGUGGCAAGGCUCGCGUCCCCAAUCCAACAUCAGUGGGUUAGGGUUCAACUUCGGCUCGGCAGAGAACAAGUGCACGCCGCUGCCUGCGUUUCUCUCCCACUCCGCCCUGUCGCCUCCGUCGCAGCCGUUCGUUUUUGGGGCUCUUGGUCCAUCUAUGCUGCGUGGUCGCGGCGAUGGCAGUGCAGCUGAGAACACGGAACCUGCCGCUACCAGCGACUCUGCUGAGACUCUCGAUGUCAAAUCUGGCAUUGAUGAUGCUACUGUGGACUGCAAGCCGAUUAUGUCAGAUGUCAAGGAUGGAAUGGGAAGUUGCAAAUUUUCUGCCCUCAACCGCUGGCUUAGAGAAGAGGCACAGAAGCCUGCCUCAGCUGCUGCCACGGAUCCUAAAGCAGGCGGGACUGUCACUCCUACUGAGGUGUCCAGCAUGGCACCUCUUGCUGUCACUUCGAGCGGUGUUCGUGGAGACCUGCCCCAAGAGCUGCAGGGCGUGUCUGUCCGAGAGCUAGUGAAGGCAAUCGGCGAGUCCAGGGCCAACGGAAACGGAGCGACUCCACCGCGGACGCCGCCACCCACACCACGAAAAGUUCCGCGCUCGCGCUCAGCCAGCCCGCGCACUUCAUUGGCUACGGCAGCCAGUGUCGGAGUAGGUGGCACUGCAGUGCUCAGUGCCAGUGGCAACCACUUGACUGCCACCACUGCACUACCAGCGGUCAAAAGUAAUGGUAGCCUGGCCGCCACUUUUGCACUCCCUGCGAGCGACUCUCUCCUACCUGAAGCAUUGGAAAAUUUAAGGAGGAAAUCUGGAUCGUCGAGCCCUGUUCCAGGCCGGUGCGGUGACAGCAGGAGUGUCACCAGCAGCGCUUCUGUUCCCUCAGCGGCCACUAACGGCGACACCAGCGCCUUGCCUCUCUGCUCAGCGGCUGUGACGCCUUCCAUUGGUGUUCCUUCUUCUGUUGCCGUUGCUGACUCUCUGGCUGCCGUGGGCGAGGCGAGUGGCGACGUCCCUAGCGACACGAGCGCCCUCGUGUCCAGCCUGACGCAGGACAUGUCGCAGUCAGCAGCCAGCAGCGCCCUGUCCUCGCUUGCCCCGUCAGCGGACAGCACCCCCAAAAAGGAGCCGAGUCUGUCACUGUCUCGCCAAGUAACGCAAAUGGCGACACAAACGAGCCCCGAAAAUGGCCUCAAGUUCAGCGUCGGUUCCACUGGCAGCAACGGAGCCUUGGGCAACGAUGGGGUGCGUCCGUCACCGAAAUCUGUACGCAAAGAGCGAAGUGUCAAACAACAGUCACGGUCUAAGAGAGACCGCAUCAUGUCGCCCUCUUCAGUUCCAAUAACUCUUUCGGAAAAAAACAUGAAAGAUAAAGUAAAGGAAGCCAUGAGCCCUUCUGUAGCAGAGUGUAUGCGCGCAAUUUUCGCAGCUUUCUUGUGGCAUGAAGGCAUUGUUCACGAUGCUAUGGCAUGCGCUUCAUUCUUAAAAUUCAAUCCAAGUUUAACAAAGCUUGCGGCGUUUCAGUGGAGGCCUGAUACCAGAGAACGAUCGAAGCCUGAAGUUAAGCUCACUAAAGAGCAGAAAGCUCGACAAAGACAUUCCGUAGAAGUAAGUGCUUGUAAUUAUUUGAACGUUACGCCUCAGAAUACCGAAGAUUUCUUGAUCCCAGGAAUUAGUGGUAUCAAUAUGAAUGAAGUGCCUCGAGCUGCAGAAAAAGGCGACUGUGCAACCGAAAAACGACCAGAUGAGGUUAUGUCGAAUUGGAUUGGCUACCAAACUUCACAGAAGUUAGCAACUGUCAUGGAAGGUUGUGGAGGCAUUGACUUUCCCGAGUUGCCGCUGGUGUUGCGGCACGUGGUUUUGUUGUGGGAGGAACUCGCUAGCACGUGCUUGCGUGCUAUCGCGCAGCAAAUGGUGUUACCUUCACCAACUCUUCCUUCCAAGGCUAAAAAGACGGACCGCUUCCGCGACCGCUCACAAAAAGAAAAGAAACACAAGCACAAGAAAAAAUCCGUUUCUCUUCAGGUCAUAAACGACGAUGGCACCGAAGAGGAGAACCGAGGCUUACCGCAGUGUACCCCCGUGACCUGCGAUCUCUGUAACAGAAUCAUGUCUCCACAGAGCAGCAAUAACCACUUGUACAUGGAGCACCCUGGAUGUGCUGCUCCGUCACACGGCUGCGGAUACGUCGGUGGCCGCUGGAAAUUUUUCCCUUAUAAGGGCCACUUUGACCAGCCUUGCGGCAUGAUCGUCAGGGGCUGCUACCUCCUCUGUUGGACGUGUCGUCACAAGUACAAGACUGAGAAUGGCAUCAAGAUUACCAGUAAAGAAUAUAAAGACGCCGCGGUAUGUCGCAAAAUAAAACGAAGCGCUGCUGCUGCUGCUAAGCCAAGCAAGCUCAUGUCUCCUGGCGGUCAGGCUGAGACGCACCUCAUAAUGCGCAACAACGCAAUGUUCCUCCUGGACCUGGCCAGCUCUGCGUCAGCCCCUGUUCUGCCUCAACGUCUGCACAAGCGCUCCCCGUGCCCUGUUGCUGGUGCUGUCGAACUCAGUCCGGAUAAUUCUCCCUUUCCUCAGGUGGCUUUUCAGUGCCUGCACACUCUGAACUGCCAGCAGCAGCACCUGAAUCAACUUCGGGAAGACCUCCUACUGCACCAGACGCUGCAGGAAAGCAGCGGGAGCACGGGACAUGUCUUGCCCUCCCGCCACAACGCCAACGCCUUGCUCAGCAUGUGCGACCUGCAGUCUGACGCGGGAGCGCCGAGGGACCUCUCCUCGUACUCACCAUCUAACGCAAGUGUGCAUCAAGACUCGUCCGGCAGCGACUCGGACAUCCCUCGUCCGGCCAACGCGCGUCCGUUGAACAGAUCAAUUUCAGUGACCGUAGGCACAGCGUCUGGUCAGGACUGGGGCUCAGUGGCCACUGCGGCAGCUGCUGCUGCGGUUCAACCCCCGGAGGUAAUGGACGUGACCCCGUCGGUGGGGACUGGUGGAGGCAGUAGCCUCAGUAGCGCGUCCCCACAUCCCUCCCUUGCGCCUUCCUCCCCCUUCACAGUUGUCCUCAGGAAGAGGAAUAACAGCAGCGGCGAGAAGCAGACAUUAAGUAGCAGCGGCAGUAUCGGUGGUGUCGGCAGUAGCGGCUCUGCGGGAAGUAGUUCUCUGCUGGCACAUCCCUCAACUUGGCUAGAACGUCUCGCUGCUGGAAUUGAACGCUGUAACUCCGGUACCGCGGUUACCAACACUAACUUGAGUGAAAGCACCAACUCGUCGAGUUCGAGCCGCUGCAGUAAUGUGUCCUCAAGACCUGUCAUGGCGUUCAUCUUCCAGCAACACGACCUCGAGACGCUCGCUUUCGCCAUGCGACAUGCCACGCGCAAGUCGGCAGCCAGAGUCUACGGCAUGCAGGCUUUAAACUGGCUGCUACGAAGCGUGACUCAGCCGACGUGCCUGCAUGACUUGCUCUGGAGCUUCGCCUCUGCCCUGACCCCUCGUCACACACCCGCAACCCAACAGCAACUGAUCAACCCCGAGGAUGCCCACGAGCCUGACCAUCAGAACAACAGGCACGCCAACAUCAUCGACAUGGGCGAGAAAGAUAUGGUUGUGCUAGAACACCCAUUGAGUGACGUCACCCUUGCUGGUGAUGCUGUGCACCCGCUCCCCAGCACCUUCCACCUGCUCCUGCAGACCAUCGCCGACCUCAUGAUGCUCCUGCCUCCUGGCCAGCCGCUCCAGAUGAUGGCUGUCAGAUGUUUCGGGCUGCGCUUCACCCCCGCCGACCAUGACUUCCUCCACCAAAGCCACGUUUUCUCAAACAUCUCGAAAAUUCUUUCGCUAUCGGAAGAAGUGCUUGGGGCUACUGAUGAAGCUACCUCCAUCUACGAUACUGCACACGUGCCUGUGACGAGCGUCGUUGAUCGUCUUGUGGACUUGACGUGUGAAUGCGAGCUGCGCACGUCAUCUCGUCCUGCUAUGAUUGGAUCUCUGAGGGAUUACUCCACGGAGACCUUCUGGGAGUCUGGAGAUGAAGACCGCAAUAAGACCAAAACCAUAACCGUGUCGUGGCGGCCGCAAGUCCGUCCUGCUGUCAUCUACGUGCACAUCGACAACGUCAGAGAUCUUGGCACACGGAUCACCAACGUGCUAUUCCGCGCAUGUAAAGGCGAGGAGGCUUCGGUGGUGCGGCAAGUCGAACUCGACUCCCGCUUCACAGGCUGGCUCCACAUGGUGCUAGAAGGUUCAGAAAACUCGUGUUUGCUCAUCGAAAUGAAGGGCCCUGACGCGUGUGUGCGAGUUCGUCAGGUCCGUGUGUUGGGUGGCGAAGUGACGGUAGCAGAUGACGGUGAAGGUCCUUCGUCUGCGGGGGCACCUGAUGCCCUCGACGGCGGAGACACAAGCAGUGCGACGGGCAUCAUCAGAGGCAAGCUCAUCAAGCAGCAAUCAGCGCUGGUGCUCCAACACCGCGAGUGUGAACAGGAAACGCUCAAAGUCUUCAGACUUAUAACGGGACAGGUAUUUGGUAAGCUGAUUCGAAGCAGCGACGGUGUUGAUCGAGUUCAAGAUAAACCAGUCUCAGAAGGCGCAUCUAAACCUGAAUCAUCCACUCCUGCCUCGGCUGGAGUCGGUCAGAGUGAUCCCCCUGAAGAUUCUGAGAGAAACAACGACCUUCGAGAACACGUCGUUGGUAUCCUGUUUUCUAGAUCUAAGCUCACGCAUCUUCAAAAACAGGUUUGUGCGCACAUCGUACAAGCCAUCAAGCGGGAAGGCGUGAAGGCUCGUGAGGAGUGGGAAGCAGCGCUGCUGGCCGCCUCACAACAGUCCUGGAACAACAGCAAUCAUUCCAAUACAAACAAAAGCCCUUCCGAAGAAAAUGCCUCGUUGCACGUUGCAUCAGGACUGGCAUCACCUCAUGUUAAGCACACUCUGCCUGACACCUACUGCUUCGAGAUGCUCUCCAUGGUGCUGGCUCUGAGCGGCUCCCCUGUAGGCAGAGCCCACCUGGCGCACCAGGACAGCCUCCUGCGCCACCUGCUCUCUCUCCUGCACACGGGAUCUGCCAGAGUGCAGCGGCAGGUGGUAUCUCUAUUUCGCCGCAUGCUUGCGGACAUUUCGCCGCGCUCACUCGCUGCACUGCUCGGCGUGGAGACUCUCCCUGAGCACAACUUCCCUGUCCUACACCCGCCCACUCCCUCUCCUCCACACGCCGACGCCGAGUAUGAUAUGCACAAGCAAGGGAUUCUGGACGUCUUCUUGGCGGUGAUAGCCAAAGCCUUGACUGUGCAGCUGAAACAAAAAGGCUCGAUCAAGCAUGCACAUGACAGCCCAGCUGGGAAGGCGUGCAUGACGAGCGCCACCCUUGCCUCCAUCCUGCCAGCUCCUGUCCGUAACUCAUCACGCUGGUGGCUGCAGGGCACCGCCAAUCCUAAGCUGGCAGACCUCAUCAUAAACCUCAUCAGGGAUAUGACGCACGGUAAAAUUUCUGAGACCUGGGCCCGAGUCACCAAAAGUGCCAUAGCUGAGAACAUAAUCAAUCUGACAAGACUCGGUGAUCAGUAUCGUUCGUCUCUUCAUGCCUGUCUAAGUACACCUACCCUAUGGCUUGCACUUGCCUCAUUAUGCGUUGUGCAUCCCGACCAUGUGGAUGCGCUCUCAAGUACCUCCGCGCCUGUCACCAAGACUACUAAGAAUGUAAACGCGGACGGCACUGUGUCUACUGCAUCCUCGGAAGUAUCGCGCCCCACCUGCGAGAAUCAUGACGAUGGAGAAACUAUCGCCUUAGUGCAGUGUGAUGAAUGUGGUCAGUUGUGCGGGGAAUGUGAUAAAGUACUUCACUUGCACAGACGACGACGGAUGCAUCACAGGACAAUCCUUCGACACCAACAGCAAGCCAUCAAAGUUGAUCUCCAUGAGGGAUGCGGCCGCACGAAACUCUUCUGGCUGCUUGCCUUGGCGGACUCGACAACGCUGAAGGCUCUGCUUGAGCUGCGUUCGGACGGCAAUAGUGGGGCUUUACGAUACGACAAAGAGAACAAUUCGGAGUGUAGGUUCUGUGGAUCGCCUGCGCAGACUAGCUUGCUCUCUCCUACUCCUGUUUGUUCAGCUUCUGAGUGCCAAGAGUAUAGCAAAGAUGCAUGCACUGUAAUGCACGAAUGCGGACACGUCUGCGGAGGUAUCCGAGGAGAAACGACGUGUCUUCCGUGCCUACAUGGGUGUUCGUCUGCUCCAAUGCUUCGGCAGGACGCAGACGACAUGUGUAUGAUUUGUUUCUCAGAAGCGCUCUCCGCUGCCCCUGCGCUGCAGCUUGAGUGUGGUCAUGUGUUCCAUGCUCAUUGCUGUCGAACAGUUCUUGACAAGCGUUGGCCGGGACCGCGCAUUACCUUCACUUUUUCACUUUGUCCUAUUUGUAAGGUUAACAUCAAACACUGGGCACUCGAAGACGACUUGGCGCCCAUCAGAGUUCUCUAUGAGGAUGUGAAGCGCAAGGCUCUCAUGCGGAUGGAAUAUGAAGGUGUUUGCAAGCCUGAGAUUUCGGCUGCUGCUAGCAAUGCCCAAGAAUUAGCCACUUAUGCCAUGGAGAGAUACGCCUACUACGUCUGCUUCAAGUGCAAAAAGGCUUAUUAUGGAGGUGAGGCUCGUUGUGACGCCGAGGCUGCUCAAGGAGACGACUACGACCCGACAGAGCUGGUGUGCGGUGGCUGCUCGGAUGUGUCCAGAGCGCAGAUGUGUCCCAAGCACGGAACUGAUUUCCUCGAGUACAAAUGCCGCUACUGCUGUUCUGUGGCCGUAUUUUUCUGCUUCGGGACUACGCAUUUCUGCAACGCUUGCCACGACGAUUUCCAGAGAGUCACUAACAUCGGCAAGAGCAAUCUUCCCCACUGCCCCGCCGGGCCUCGUGGUGUUCAACUUGCUGGACCUGAGUGUCCUCUCCACAUUCAGCAUCCCGCGACAGGCGAAGAGUUUGCGCUGGGCUGUGGAGUUUGUCGCAAUGCCCACACCUUUUAAUAAUUUUCUUUUACUUUAGCCUUCCAAUUCACCGUGUCAAAACAUGCCUAUCACAAGUGACUUCAAUGAGUAUCUUAUUAGGCUCCUGAUUUAUUCUCUAGCGCUCUAUUGUUAUCCUACUGUCCUAACUUUGCACUCGAAAAAGUAAGGUUAUGCUUCUUGUUGGGAAAAAUUAACCUCGUUUUCUUCUUUGGUUACGCAACAUUGUAACCUCUGGUAUUUGCUUUCUGCGUGAUGAGAACAAAAUGGACGCUAGAAUGAUUUACCACGUAUCGUGAUAAUGACUAUCAAUGCCUUGGCCUACCAUAAGUUGUUUUGUCAAUAAGUAGGCAUGAUCACUAAAAUUUCGCUAACUAAUCUAACUGAAAAGAGUCUGACUUGGGACGUGUUAGUUCUAGUCAUAUUAACUUUGGUGUAGGCGACCGUGAGGGUGAUUACUUAAGUAUGACUAUUCAAUGAGACAAGUGGUGCAAGCAGAGUGUGUGAGGAUGACUGGACCACUACUGCUCUGUCGCUGCCCUGACUUAUAUUUUAUAUUAUUUUAAUUCAAUUUUACACCGGUUAUAGAUUUAAUUUAAAGCGCAGGUGAAUUUUAUUCUUCUACAGCUGAUUUGGUUCUUCUAUUGUGCACAGGUUCCAGAAGCAAUGAUACAACUGAUGGAUGAGUUAAAGAGUUGAUGUAUAAUGGUGAAUCUUCACGAGACUAGUUUAAUUCGAUGUAUUUCUGUAUUUGUACGUGGGCGCUUGCUCUGCUCAAUCUAAGUCGUAUCGUUUGUAGGUCACAAUUUCGAUUUUUCAUGAUUACUUAAUUAAUAUUAAGUAUGAUGUGAGCUGUGAAUCUCCCUUUAGUGUCUUCGUUCCAUUCCCUUAGUAGGAGAAACUCCUUGUUCUAGUAAAAGGAUUAUGUGUAUAUUGGUAGAUGAUAUGUAUCAUUAAAAUAUUUUUUGCAGUCUUUCAUCUCUAGAUGCUUAUUUAUUUACAUUAUUGUACAACAACUAGGCCGCUUGUUUGUUUACUGGACGAGUGAGGUCUCUUUCUAGUCACCUUAGCUCUGCUUUUCUACUUAUGAGUUAUUUUCGAAGAAUCUCCAUCAUCGUCGUGGUGGAGAUUCUUCAGGAGUUAGUUGAGUAUCCAAACAAUUGAUGUGUUGAGAUAAUGCAAUAGAUGGCUCAGUUGUAUAUUUUGAGCUUCUUCUUGGCCAUUGAUUCAUUGGUGCGAUGAUGUAUUGUUCGAUCGAUAGCGUCCCCUCGUCAGACCGUAGAACAUAUCUCACUCUUAGCAUGGUCGUGGUGACAAGUUUUUACUUUGAUAUCUUGUGAUAUUCUAGUUCAGCUUUUGCAAUUUUCCUACUGGAAUUAUUCUGGUGAACGUCGCAAACUCGAGUGUUUAUAAUUUAAGGUUAUGCCAGGAAAUUAUUUAGAAAUUAGAUUAUAUGAUGACAAUUCAUUACGUGCAAGCGUUUUCUGCUGAAAAAUAUUUACGUUUCCAACCAAGCCGUUGUCUUUUACAUGGAACCAUAAAACUUGUGAUCCUUGUGGCAAAUUCAUCUGCAAAUUCAAAUGUGUGCCUCCAGUGAGCUGAAGCCUAAUUUUCAAAAAUAAACUCAAUAACAUUCUUCGAGUUUGAUGUAGACAUCGGCUAUCUUCCAUCCUUUACGUGUCAUCUGUUGUUUAUCAUUUCCUGUGAAUAGUUUCAAACAUGAUUUGUAUGACCUUUAUUGUAUGGCAUAAAGAUUACCUGACUUUUUAACUAUGGGAUACCUCAUCCAUUUAUAUGGUUAAAAAGUCACAGUUAAGGAUAUUUUCAGUAUAUUUCUUAGUGUUUAUGUCAAUUUUUCGAAAUGCUAAUACUUAUUUGGAUUCCGCAUAUUUAGUAUUUAAGAUUUUCCCGACUUAGUCAAAAUUAUCCGGUGCUUGUGCGACCAGGCUCUCCUGACGAUACCGUGUGAAAUAACGACAAUGUCACCGCCACUAGGAUGCAGUACAUGGCAAUCGCAACGCUGGAGUUCAUUGUCACGAGAGGAAUGUCGAUUUGCUGUUGUAGAUUUGAUAACUCAACGAACAGAGACAGCAUGCCAAGUGCCUCUGUCAUCUUUAGUAAAGGAUGAAAACAUCGUUGUACCAAA